UAAGGUCACUUUUGUAAGCUUGUAAGCUGUUGUGAAGAAAUCUAACUGUCAGGCUUUGAGAGAAGGUUGUGAGGUUGGUGCAUAUAAGGCAGAAGCACUUCUACUCUCCAGGUCACUUCUCUCAGAGUGGUUUGAAAGUGUUCUCUCCGGUCACGAUGCAGCUUUGUGGAGUUCUGGUCCUGAUGCUGACUGUGUCUACAGCAUGUGGACUGCGAUGCUACACGUGUGAAACCACAGACCCUAAAGCCUGCACAGAUAUUGAAACCUGCCCCCCCGUCUGGGACAGCUGCUCCACCUUAUCUCUGGGCGGUGUCAUCGCCAAAGGCUGCUUUGACAGUUCUGCAUGUCACCCCCCCUUACAGUGCUGCCAAGGGGACUUGUGUAACGGAGCCGUCUGAACGGGCCCCAGCAGCGUCCUGCUGCACAAUAUUUAACUGUUUCUGCAAAAGCAGAGAGGAAAUAAACAAAUUUUAACUAUGUCAAAGCGAUCAGUCUCA